AUGAGGUCCCUGCUGAAGCUUGCUCUGAUCCUCUUUUGCUUCCAACAGGGAGAGGGCCACUGGCUGAGAUCACUGAUCAGUCAGAAAGAAGGAGAAGCGUCAACACAUGUGUCUCAAGAUGACGACAGAAGAAGCAGUUACUCAGCUGUAGAGGAAAUACAGAAAGAAGCCUCUGGAGACAGGCCAUAUCCUUUCCCUAUCACCCAAAUCUCAGCCCGGACACGUCGCUCGACUCUCGAUUCCCACUGUGGACUACGGUCCAUUCUGCUGCAGGUCCGUGACCUGGGGCUCGGCUAUGACUCGGAUGAGACCAUCUUGUUCAAGUACUGCAGUGGGAUGUGUCCCCAUGCUCGCUCCAACCACGACCUCACCCUCACCAACCUCCUGCUCAGUGGAGUGGUCCCAAACCCGGCACCCGGGGAGCGCUGGCACAACGCGCCGUGCUGCAGGCCCACACACCACGAGGACAUAGCCUUCCUUGAUAAUUCUCACCGCUGGCACAAAGUGGAGAAACUGUCAGCCUCAGGCUGCAGCUGCAUGGGCUGA